AUGACUUCAAAAUUUUGGGCAGAGUUAUCUAGUGAUUAUGAAAAACUUUUUGAAACAGAAAUAGGAUAUGACGUAAUCAUUUAUUCUGGAGAAGAGCCGAACGUAAAAGAAAUUCAUGCUCACUCAAAUAUCUUAUGUAUUAGGUCUCAAUAUUUUCGUUCUGUAUUUUCUAAUGAAUGGGCAGAAAAAAAAGAUGGGAAAUUUAUUUUAAAAAAACCAAAUAUUUCGCCUCACUUGUUUAAUAUUAUUCUCAGAUUUAUUUAUUGUGGAAAUAUUGAAUUAAAAAAUUUACAAGGUCCAGAAGUAUUGAAACUUUUAAUAGCAGUUGAUGAACUUAAUAUUCAACAAUUGAUUACUUAUAUUCAAGAAUAUUUGAUUGAACAUCAAACUGAAUUUUUGCAUCAAAAUCCAACUGGUAUUCUUGAAACUGUUUAUCAACAUGAAACAUUUACGGAUUUAUGGGAAUUUUGUCUUGAAAAAAUUUGUGAAGAACCUGAAAUUUUAUUUAAUUCGGAUAAAUUUAUUGAUUUAAAGGCUCCAUUAUUAGAAAUGUUGAUUAAACGGGAUGAUUUGAAUAUGGAAGAAAUUGAGAUUUGGGAAGGUUUAUUAAAAUGGUGUUUUGCUCAACAAAAUAUGAUAAAUGAUCCAACGAAAUGGAGUAAAGAUGAUAUUACAAAAAUUGAAAGGUCGUUACACAGGUUUAUUCCUUUGGUUAGAUUUUAUGAUAUUAACCCUGCAGAUUUCUUUUAUAAAGUUUAUUGUUAUAAAGAAAUAUUGCCUCAAGAUUUAAUUCAUAAUCUUUUAGAAUUUCAUAUAGUUCCUAAUAUGAAACCUAAAACUAAUGUAGCACCUUCAAGAAAGCCAAACUUAAAAUUUAAAAUUGAUUCAACCUUAAUUGAAUCAAAUCAUAUUCCACUGUUUGCUUCAUGGAUUGAUAGAAAAGAUUCCCCUCAUAAAAAAAAUGAUAUUCCUUAUGAAUUAAAGUUAUUAUAUCGUUCAAGUAGAGAUGGAUUUGAUGCUGCGUCAUUUCAUAGAAAUUGUGACAAUAAAGGAGCUACUAUUUGGAUAGCAAAAAUUCAAGGUACAACACAAUUAAUUGGAGGAUAUAAUCCACUUGAUUGGUGUGGAUAUGGUUGGAAAAGUACUACAGAUAGUUUUUUAUUUCAUAUUACAGAUGGAAAAAAUAUUUCUACUGCAAAACUAAGUUAUGUUAACAAUAAUAAUGCAGUAAAUGCUAUUUAUUGUCAUGGUAGCCAAGGACCACAAAUGGGUGAUUUCCUCUGUAGUGGAUUUAAUAAAUGGUAUUUUUAUGAUGCUGGUGUUUGUAUAAUCUAUCCUAAGAUAGGCAUUCCAGAAAGCUUUAUGGUGGAGAAUUAUGAAGUAUUUCAAGUAAUUAAAAAAUAA